CCAAAUUCAGCCAACCCCUCCUUUGUCUCUUAUUCUCUACCAGAAAGAGAGAGAAAAAGGAAUUAUCACCACCACAUGACCGCCCCAUAUUUCGCCUUGUAAAGGUGGAUUUAUAACAUAUAUAACCCCAUUAUAUUUGUCUAUUGCUUCAAAGGGGAGUAGCUGUGCUAAGAGUUGGCAAAAAUGGCUCCUCCAUUCUCCUCUAUUUUCGUUUUCUCUCUUCUGUUUAUUGGUGCCUUCGUGCAAGCCUAUGAACAGGCGGGGCAAUCUGCUGAAUUUACUUAUGAGGGCUCACAUGGACCUGAAAAUUGGGGAAGCUUGAGCCCAAGUUAUGCAACUUGCUCCAAUGGGAAAUCACAGUCACCGAUAAACAUUGUGAAGGAUAACGCCGUGAUUGGCAAGCACCUUCAAACACUAGUCAGAGGAUACCACGUUGCUAAUGCUACACUUAUAAACAAUGGCUUCAACAUUGGGAUGCACUUUGGGGAGAAUUCAGGUGGAGUAGCUGUCAUAGAUGGUAAAAACUACAGCCUCCAACAAUUGCAUUGGCACUCUCCUUCCGAACACCGCCUCGACGGCGAGCAAUUUGCAGCCGAGCUUCAUCUACUCCAUCGGGCAGACGACGGCAGCCUCGCCGUCGUAGGAAUCCUCCUCCAAAUCGGCGAGGCCGACCCCCUACUCGCAGACAUACACGACAAAUUGGUGGAGUUAGCCAAUGAAAGCUGCGGCAGCAACGAAGAGGCUCACAUUGCAGUAGGAGGCCUAGACAUAAAGCACUUGAGGAAGAAGACUCGCAAAUACUUCAGAUACAUCGGCUCUCUCACAACUCCUCCCUGCACUGAGAACGUCAUAUGGAGCGUUCUCGGCAAGGUGAGGACGAUUUCCCAGCAGCAAAUUGAAUCACUGAAGGCGCCAUUGAAUCCGGUAUACAAGAACAACGCCCGACCGGUACAGCCGCUCAAUGGCCGGAAGAUUGAGAUCUACGACGAGCUCAGCGAGCACUGAAACCUUUCCUUCUCUCUCGCGCGCCUUCACUUUGCCGCUCAACUUACAAUCAGUUUAAGCAAAGGAGGGAGUUCUUAAUUACUAAAUUAAAACUUCAAAAAACAAAAGGAAAAGAAAAAGAAAUGGAUGCAUAAAUACCAUUAUAACCUUUCUAUUUUGUAUCCUUCCGUGGAUUGAUCGAGUAGUAAAUGGCAAUUUCACGCUUACUCCCUAAUUACUUCUAA